AUGUCCCAGGUGUGUCUCCUCUUGGCCUUGCUUAUGCUCUGCAGCUGCACAAAGGUCUCCUCUACCAACUCCCUGGAGCUCGUGAAGGAGCAGUGGAGCAGCUACAAAAACCAGUGCCUGGUCUACCACAACGCCACGCCCCCUGCCACAGGGCUGGUGUGUAACAGGACCUUUGACCUCUACGCCUGUUGGCCUGAUGGACUCCCAGGAACCACUGUCAACGUGUCCUGCCCAUGGUUCCUGCCAUGGUACCAUAAAGUUCAACAGGGUCUGGUCUACAGAGUCUGCAACGAAGAGGGUCAAUGGGCGCAAAAGAAUACCAGCGAAUGUGAGGACGACCCCGGUGAGCAGCAGUAUGGCCGCACCCUCAGUCAGUUACGGAUCAUGUACACUGUGGGCUACUCGCUCUCCCUGGGAGCUCUGCUGCUGGCCCUGGGCAUCCUCAUCACCUUCAGGAAGCUCCACUGUAUGAGGAACAACAUCCACAUGAACCUGUUUGCCUCCUUCAUCUUGAGAGCCGUGUCCAUCCUGGUCAAAGACGCCCUGCUGUCCCUCACACUGGACCCCCGGAGCAGCAGUGACAGCCGGACACAGGCCUGGGUCAACAUACCGGCUGUUACGUGGUGUCGUGGUGCCAUGGUGAUGAUGCAGUACAGCGUGAUGGCCAACAACUAUUGGCUGUUGGUGGAGGGCAUCUACCUGCACAGCCUGCUGGUCAUCACCGUGUUCAGCGAGAGGAAGUACUUCUACAUUUAUCUGGCCAUUGGCUGGGGCGCACCGCUCAUAUUCGUGUUGCCGUGGAUCACAGUGAAAUAUCUGUAUGAGAACGAGGAGUGCUGGGAGAGGAAUAUCAACAUGGGAUACUGGUGGAUCAUCCGUUCUCCUAUAGUGUUUGCUUAUCUGAUUAACUUCUUCAUAUUCAUACGAAUUAUCAAAAUCCUGAUGUCUAAACUCAGAGCUCAUCAGAUGAGAUACACUGACUACAAGUUCAGAUUAGCAAAAUCCACUCUGACAUUAAUUCCUCUGCUCGGGAUUCACGCCAUCCUCUUCACCUUCGUCAUCGACGAGUCCGUCCCUAAAGGCUCCAUGCUGCGCCUCAUUCGCCUCUUCUGUGACCUGCUGUUCAACUCUUUCCAGGGCCUGCUUGUUGCCAUUCUGUACUGCUUCGUCAACAAAGAGGUGCAGUCAGAGAUGCUGAAAAAGUGGAAGCGGUGGAAGCUGGGGAAGGACAUCGAUGAGGAGUACCGCCACACCCACAGCCAGACGCCGCACGUCAAGAGCGGCAGCAUCGCCACCGGGAAUCUACCCUAUCUCCAUGACAACAACGCCAGCGACGCCGGUGGUGACUCGCCUCGCCUCAGCAAAGCGGACGGAGACCCCUCGUGCUCCGCCGCACCUGAGGAGAACCGCCGACUAGUCGUCUGCUAUAGCAACGGGACGGGGAAAGGCGGGCCCGCUAAGGGCAGACACACCCUGCAGUUCUCUUUCCUGCCACACCGAGGCGCCGGAAGUCACGUGAGCACCGCCACAGAGGACGUGUGUCUGGAGGAGAGGGCGCACUGCAGUACAAACCCUCUGGAAGGAGAGGAGACUAAUGUCUGAGGACGAAAACUCUCCCUGAUUGUGCUUAUCGUUGUUUCAUAUCAGUGCUUAUCAUGCGCCAACAGGACGGCCUGAGUGGGAAGAGAAUAAGGAAGUACCCA